GGCCGGCUGACGAGACGGCCCCACAAGUCAGUGGAACAUACUGGCCCACUAUCUCUCCCCCCUCCGAUCUCUCGAGUUCAAAACGCUCGCCGGCGACAAGCUCGCCGGCUAGGGUUUCGUGCCCCUGCAAGGGCGGAGCCCCAUGAGCGCAUCCGGCUUCGGCCGCGACGCCGGCCCCGUCAACCGGGGCCCGGGUACCGCGGCCUUCGCCUUCGGCGCCGGCGCCGCCACCCCGCCGGCCACCCCUGCUCCCUUCACAUCCCCUCGCCCGGUCGCUCCGGUUGGGGCCGCCGCCGCCGUAUCUCGCUUCCCGAGUCCUCGUCCUCGCCCCCAGCUCGCUGCCGCGGUUGCAACCCCUCGCACUCCCGCCACUUCUCCCGUUCCCAUACCCUCAUCCUCUGCCGCACGCCCGGCCAUUGCUCCCGGCGUCGCCAAUCCCGUGCGGUUCCCUAGCUCUCGUCCGGUCGUCAAUCCAGGCGUGUCCGCCGCUACUGUACGCCACGUCGCUCGGCAUGUUCAGCCCCCGCCGAGGCCAGCUGCAUCAUCAAUACACAGUCCUGUGCAUCCUGUUGUUUCCUCAAGGAGCAGGUCCACAUCUCCUCUAUCAAAUCAGCGUGUCGAUUCUCCUUCAGGCUAUGAUAAUGGUAUGGGACAAAGAAGGUUGGUAAACUAUGCAGACCCACUGUUUGAAAAUGGAAGUGCACCUAUAGAGAAAAUGAGGGGACAGCCUUCAGAGUUUGGAAAAACAGCAAGAUCAUCACCUUUAAACAUUACCAGCAAUUUUAGACCACCAUCAGGCUUCCAAAAUUAUUACCCUGUGCUGGCUGCUGAUCCUCUUGAAUACAAACCUAAUGUAAAACCUUCGAUGUUCGGAAACCAGAACCAGUCACUUUUCAAUGAUGUACAGGCAGCUUCCUCUCCUCCUUUGAGCAACAACCGUUUAGUUCCUGGAACUGGCAGGCUGCGUCCUGCCUUCGGGGGUGGCGCGUCUCCAGCAGUGCUUGGUGAUGAGAGUCGCUAUGAUAAUUCAGCGCAAUCAAUUAUGGCACUGCAAGAGAUGAGCGAACAUAUGCGACCAUCAUCACAAAGAUUUCCCUCUCCAUCUCAAAGUCGAUCAUUGGAUCAUAAUAUUUCGAAAAGGUCUAGGUCACCUACUUUGUCCCAUCAGGAUGCUGAUGGUGCUGAAGCUCAUAACAAUGCCGGUGCAAAUGCUAGAAGACUGAUAGACUAUAGGGAUUCCUUAUUUGAUGAUGGAAUGGUUGAAACUUCCAAACGAAUGAAAUCACCUUCGUUAGAAUUCACAAACUUGAUCAAAUCACCAUCUUCAGGUGGAGACAAUACUAGACCGUCACCUGCAGGUUCCCGAGGCAACAAUGCAGUCCAGAAUCGACAUUCACGUGCUGAUAUCCAGAAGGCUAGUUCAUCUGUUCCCAAGGUUGAAAAUCAAGUGCAAUCUCAUAUCGGUGAUGCACGUUCACCACCAUAUCAGAGUGGUUCUUAUUCCAAUGAACGUAACACAGCUGCUGUUUCUCCACCAAAGACUUCUACUCCUGGUGCUAGCAAAAGAAUUGGGACCCCACCGCUGGACUUUACUGAUGACGAUAACAUGAUCCCUUCAACAGAAACUGAGAGAGAAAAACAAGCAAAAGCCAAGCGUUUGGCUCGUUUCAGUGUUGAAUUAAACAGACCGGUCGACAAUAUUAAUGAUUUUGCAAAACCGCAGAAGGACUCUUCAGACAAGCACAAACAAUCUUCUUCAAUGGGAAAAAUUACAACCGAAUCAAAUGAUGGUACCAAUGAAAGAUCUAUGGCUGAUGCAGAUUCCCGAGGGUUAGCUGCAAUUGUUGGGCUUUGUCCUGAUAUGUGCCCAGAACCUGAAAGGGCAGAGCGUGAAAGAAAAGGAGAUCUUGAUAGGUAUGAGAGAUUAGAUGGAGACAGAAACCAAACCACUGAGCUUCUUGCUGUUAAAAAGUAUAAUAGGACCGCCGAGAGAGAUGCAGAUUUGAUAAGGCCUCUGCCAGUUCUGCAGAAAACAAUGGAUUACCUUCUUAGCUUACUGGAUCACACGUACGAUGAUAACUUCUUGGGCUUAUACAACUUCUUAUGGGACCGGAUGCGAGCGAUAAGAAUGGAUCUUAGAAUGCAGCAUUUUUUCAAUCAAUAUGCUAUUUCUAUGUUGGAGCAAAUGAUAAGGCUCCAUAUAAUAGCAAUGCAUGAAUUAUGUGAAUACAAUAAGGGAGAAGGGUUUUCAGAAGGUUUUGAUGCACACCUUAACAUCGAGCAGAUGAAUAAAACGUCAGUUGAGCUAUUUCAAAUGUAUGAUGACCACAGGAGAGAGGGUGUAUUGUUCCCAACAGAAAAGGAGUUCCGGGGCUAUUAUGCACUGCUAAAGUUAGACAAGCAUCCUGGUUACAAGGUUGAACCUGCUGAGUUAUCGCUAGACCUUGCUAAGAUGUCCCGUGAAAUCAGAGGCAGUCCAGACAUCUUGUUUGCAAGGGAAGUUGCAAGAGCUUGCAGAAUGGGAAACUUUAUUGCCUUCUUUCGUCUUGCAAGGAAAGCAACGUACUUGCAGGCUUGUUUGAUGCAUGCUCACUUUGCAAAGCUAAGAAGGCAAGCGCUGGCUUCCUUGCACAGUGGUCUUCAGAAUAGCCAAGGCAUCCCUAUUUCACAAGUUGUUGAGUGGCUUGCUAUGGAGGAUGAGGAUAUUGAAAGUCUUGUAGAAUACUAUGGUUUUGGAUUGAGGCAAUAUGAAGAACUGUACUUAGUGAAAGAAGGCCCUUUUCUUAACAGCGAGACUGAUUUCUCAUCUGGCUGUUCUCAACUUGUGCACUUGAAGAAAUCACAGAGAAUCAUCAAUGAUGUUUCUUCUGGUCCAGCAUGUGCUUCUACUUGCCAAAAAGAGACUGUUGCGCCAUAUUCUGGUGGGUUUGCUUCCCCCACUAGAACACGAGAGCAGGUUAAAACACAGCCUUCUCUUCUGGCCAAAAGAGACUUUGGCAUGCCAUUUACUGCAUCUGUUUCUCCCACUUCUGCGAGACAGACUACCUCCCUGUAUUCUGGUCCCUUUUCCCCAAAAGCUGGCAACAAACAAUUCAGUUUGCCAUCUUCAAGUCCUAUAUCCCCAACUUCUGGCAAAAAGGAGAGUAUCCCUGUACUUUUUAGUACUCCUUCUCCACAUACUAGCAAUCAAACUAUAUUCUCGCGCACAGGAUGGAUAGAUGAACAAAGGGGAGCUUCACCAAAAGCAGAAAGCAACACAAAGGUGGCUGAUGAUUUUAUACCUGAAGAUCAGGAUGAUAGUGUUGUAGGGUUCCCUCAAGGGCAACCUGAUGUACUGUGGCCACAAGCUAACAUUCAACAGGACAAUGCUUUGGAGGAAACCAAUUUUUUACGUCCUCUUGCAGAUGUCUCCUUAAAUUACUCCAGUAUGCAUGGAGAGGAAAAUGAAUUCAGGCCAGAUAGUUCCGGUAUUGAUAUGUGUAUGGACGAGGAGAGUUUAUCAGACCGACAAGUCAAUUUAGUACAGCCCGAGUCAUUUGCGGAUUCACAGUCAUCUGAUUCUGAUCACGAGGAAUAUGAUGAUCACAAGAUUGGUUACAGAGCAGCAGAUAACGUGUUACCGGUUGUUGUAUCUCCAAAGAAAACUGUUUCCAAUGAAAGGUUGAAGAUAAUACUGAGGAAAUGGAGGCAGUGUGCUAUGGACAAGAGAUUUCUUAGAGAGCAGAAAAAUGCUCUUGCUAUUGCAGCAUUGAGUUCUCUGUCUCUUGGUCCACCAGUUCACCAAACUGCAGUGGUGCCAUUGCACACAGUUCAUGAUCUGGACAUUCGUCAUGCAUUUGAAGAGAGACACUCAAGACAACAACUAUCGUUGUCACCUCUAAAUGUCUCAGAGUUGGCUGGUCCUAUUUUAACAGAAAGGAACCCUGAUGCAAGAUGCAUCUGCUGGAAGCUUCUUGUACUAGUUCCACCUGAUAACAUGGAAUUCAAGAACAGCAAUUAUGCCUCAAAAUGGUUGCUCAAAAAAAUCAUGGGCUCUGGAAAUGAUGAUGCUGGGUUGCUUUUUUCUUCAACAGACCUAUCAAUUUGGACAAACUGGAACAGUUCUCCAGACACAUGUUGUCUAUCUGUUGCUAGGGCCAGUGACCAGCAAGUCAUUGGUAACGACGUAGCCUAUGGCACAAACUGUAUAAUAUUCCUGGUAUCUGAAACUAUUCCGUGGGAAAUGCAGAAGGCACAGGUUAGCAGUCUGUUAGCAUCUAUACCUGCUAAAUCCAAUCUUCCUCUGCUGAUUUUGAGUGGCGACACAUACACUGAAGAGUAUGAUUACGCGUCACGGAGUAUCAUUGACAGUCUUGGCCUCAGUUCUUUGAGCGAAGAAAAGAUUGCAUCAUGCUUGGUUGUUUUUCUAGUUGCAGAUAACAUGGAAGGUUAUGCCAAUGGGUUCUUCGAUGAUGAGAAAUUACGUGGGGGUCUGAAGUGGCUGACAAAAAACAUGCCUCUGCAGCCUGAUGUCACUCUUGUGAAGACCCGGGAGUUGCUUCUGAACUACUUGAACCCAUCACUUGAGCUGCUUAACAGCCGUGCUGCACCUCAAGUUUGUCCUGAGCAUUGCAUUUCAGUAUACAACAAAUCUGUCAACCAGCUCGCAGAGGAGGUCUCAGCAGCAGCAUACACAGCUUCUAACCAAUGUCCAGCACCUGAGAUUAACCUUCUGGAGAGAUCGAGCAGUGAGAGGAUGUUCGCAGAAAUGUUCCUACCUAGCAUGGGAUGGUCACUACCAUCAAGAAUACAUCCAUUGCUUGUAACCAUAAAGAGUUGCAAGCUUCCAGAGUUCAGUUACGAUUUGUCUUGGUUAAACCAAGGCUCUCACAUGGGCAGUCAAAUCCAAGAUCAGAAGUUAUACCUUGAGGAGUGCUUAACAAAAUACCUGACUCAAUCAGCUCAUUUGCUAAAUGAAGCCCAGGCGGCUACCGAAGUGAAGGUCAUUGUGCAGAAAGGCGUCGGUCUCGAGCUCCGUGGCUCACAUUACCGCCUUGUGCCAAGAUGGGUGACAAUCUUCCGCCGAAUUUUCAACUGGAGGCUAGCCAGGCUCUCCACAGGAGAGUUCUCAGAAGCUUAUGUCCUGAGUCAAAAUCUCUACCAAACAUCGUCAGCUGAUCCAAAUCCAAAGUUUCCGAACAGAGGAGGAACCCAGCAUGAUCUCUCUGCCAGCAGCAACACUACGGAUGAUGAGGAGGUGCCCAUCCUGGAGGAUCGCAGCAUGACGCCUUCUGUGUCAUCUGGCCUCUCCCUAGAUGAGAUCAUCGAGAUCAGUUGCGAUCUCGAUGCGGUCAGCGUGCCACCGGCGAAACCCCUUCCACCCCAACUGCCCACCCAGCUUCUCCAUGAACCUCAACCUCCUGCAGCCACCAAUGGCGGGGUGAACGGGGUUGGGGUGCUCGGAGCUGGUGAUGGCAUGCGGAUGCGGAUGCCCAGAAGGCCGGAGCUUAAAGAUUUGGUGCCCAUGGAGAGGGAUGACAAACUUGCCCGGCUACUGGAGCAGUGCAGCAAGGUGCAGGACAGGAUCGACGACACACUCUCCAUAUACUUCUGAGCCUUUUGUUUUUUGUUAUUUGAAGGGCAUAGAUGAUUCCGAAGGCUUGAAGUGGGCAACUAGCUGAGCUCAUGCCUUCUUGUUGUAAGCUGUAACAUUAGAUGUCAUGUGAAAAACCAUUUUUGCCAGGCCAUGUGAAUCUACGGGAAACCUACACAAAUCUGGCGCUCGAUUUUUCUGGAAAAAAUCAGACGUGAUCUGACCAUAUAAAAAAAAAUUCAUUGAAACAUACUAUGAAA